AUGCCUCAAAAGGCCAAGGCCUCAUCAACCACCAAGGGUGGCUCGAGAUGUUUCCUUAGAUCUUGGGGGGAGUCUAAGUUCUGGGAAUUGCCAUCAGAACUUCGUCAUAUCAUUUUCAAGGGCAUCUUGCUAGAUGCCGUUGUGAAGUUUCGUCAUUGGAGUCCGAGGCAGACCAGAGAAUUCUUGCUCUCGAAGAUAGCCCCGACUCGGGAGGACUACGAAAGGUUCUCCGAGAGGCAGGUCAUGAGUAAACGAGACAUCGACGACUACGUCGAGUUCUUAUAUCACAAAGACCGCGAAACAUGUGCAACCUGCCCCCAGAAACAAAUCCUGGGGGUAAAUGACUGCCGCUGUCCCGGCGUUACCAGACUGUAUCCCAUUCCAACUGACAUGUUGCUUGUCAGUAAGAGAUUCCGACGGGAUGUCUUGGUAUCAUAUAGUAUGGUUCAGCAGAUGGUCCCCGAGGUCAUCGGGACCAACAGGGUCCAGCCGAGUACUUUCAGGCCCCGUGGCGAGCGGUGUUGUAAGCCAGGUGCUGUGAAACCCAAUCCUCCUCCAAAAGGAUUCGGUGAAUUCUCAAGGGAUUUGAUCGAACGGAGCCUUUACCCUUCAUCCCCUGUCUGCUAG